CGUACGGCGGACACUCGGGUAGCAUAGAAAGUGGGAAAAUCUACAUAAGAAGGCUGGUUUUCCAUCCUUAAGGCUGAAGUAGGCCGUAGCUCACCUCAAGGAGCACGCAAGUUUCAUCUAACAUGGUUUCAAUGGUACUAGGAAUCCUUCUAGUACUUGUUGCGCUUCCCCUUUCCGCCGGAGCUCAGACCCAUGGCAACUUAACCUUGGGCUCCUCGUUGACAGCGGAUGACAGGAACUCUUCCUGGCAGUCGCCGUCAGGCGAGUUCGCAUUCGGGUUCCGGAAAAUGGGAAGAGGAGCUCAUUUGUUGGCUAUAUGGUUCGAGAAGAUAGAGGACAAAACAAUAGUCUGGUCGGCUAACGGCGAUACUCUAGCACCAGAAGGUUCGAAGAUCCAGUUGACCACCGACGGUCGGCUGGUGCUUAACGACCCAGGAGGAAGAGAGUUGUGGUCUCCUAACCCAACCGUCGCUGGUGUAGCGUAUGCGGUCCUGCUCGACACAGGGAACUUUGUCCUGGUGAGCCAGAACUAUGUCAACUUGUGGGAGACGUUCAACCAACCGACGGACACGAUACUUCCUACGCAACAGUUAGAUCAAGGGACUAAAGUUAUCGCUCGCUACUCCGAAAUGAAUUACUCCGCUGGGAGAUUCCACUUCAUACUACAAGACGGAAAUCUCGCGUUCUAUGCCACUCCUACCCCGCUGGAUGUCUCAGAUGCUUACUGGGUCAUCAAUACCAAUGGUAGCGGCUUCCAAUUGAUAUUCAAUCAAAGUGGUCAGGUCUACCUCACGGCAACGAAUGGAGCAGUACUCAAUCUCGUCACCUCAGACACAGUCCCGACCAGCGCAUUUUACCAAAGGGCGAUCCUUGAAUACGAUGGGGUCUUCAGGCAAUAUGUCCACCCUAAGACAGCAAAUUCAAGUUCCAGAUGGCCAAGGGGCUGGUCGGUGGUCUCUUCCCCGGUCCCUCCAAACAUAUGCACAAGCAUCCCUCUAAAUAUCGGUACUGGAGCUUGUGGCUUCAACAGCUACUGUAGUCUUGGAGACGAUCAGAGGCCCCGAUGCCACUGCCCACCUGGAUAUACUCCGUUAGAUUCAACGAACGAGAUGAACGGAUGCAGACAGGACUUCACACCACAGAGUUGUGACGAAAGUAGGCCCGAGACAGACCAGUUCACUUUCAAUCGCCUGCUCCAUACAAACUGGCCAUUUUCUGAUUAUGAGCGUAGCGCGGCACAAACUGAGGACUGGUGCAGAGAGGCCUGCUUGGUUGAUUGUUUUUGCGCAGUUGCUAUUUUCAGCGACGAGGGAACUUGCUGGAAAAAGAGGAUCCCUCUUUCAAAUGGUGUGAUGGAUACUAGUGUGGGUGGAAAAGCUCUGAUCAAGGUCAGGAUACAGAACUCGACUUCAAAAUCCACAGGAGACGGCCAGAAGAAAAACAAGAAUUCAACCCUGAUUAUCAUCGGAUCAGUGCUGUUGAGUAGCUCGGUGUUUGUGAACUUGCUUUUACUCCUCAUUACCUGUUUAAUUUAUAGAAGAUUCCGAUCUAGGGAUUCUAAGUUGUUAUGGGCAGUCCAGAUCAAUCAAGCUGCAGUCACGCAGACUUUCACUUUUCAGGAGCUUCAAGAAGCAACAGAUGGAUUCAAAGAAGAACUGGGUAGGGGUGCUUUUGGAGCAGUGUACAAAGGUGUUCUCAGAUCCCAAGAUGCAAAUUUUGUGGCGGUAAAAGUGUUGGCGACAAAGACAGGAGAAAGGGAAAAGGAGUUCGAAAGAGAAGUGAGUGCGAUCAGCCAAACUAACCACAAGAACUUAGUGCAGUUGCUUGGAUUCUGCAAUGAGGGUCAGCACCGACUUCUGGUGUAUGAAUUCAUGAGCAACGGCAGCUUGGCAGAUUUCCUUUUUGGCUCUUCAAGGCCUAGCUGGUACAGAAGAGUAGAAAUUGCCUGUGGUGUUGCGCGGGGGCUAUCUUACUUGCAUGAUGAUUGCACCAGGCAUAUAAUCCACUGCGACAUCAAGCCGCAAAAUAUUCUUCUUGAUGGCUCUCUGACCGCAAAAAUAUCAGACUUCGGAUUGGCUAAACUCUUGAUGGCGAACCAAACACGAACCACCACCGGGGUUAGAGGAACCAGAGGUUAUUUAGCGCCAGAAUGGUUCAGGAACAUGCCUAUUUCUGGAAAAGUAGACGUUUACAGCUUCGGCAUUCUGUUGCUAGAGCUCAUCUGCUGCAGAAAGAACUACGAGCCAGAAGCGGAAAGCGAAGCUCAAAUUGUGCUGGUCGACUGGGUGUAUGACUGCUACCACGAGGGGAGCAUGCUCGAGCUAGUGGAGAGCGAUGAGGAGGCAUCAAGCGACAUAAGGAGGGUGAGAAGAUUUGUGAUGACCGCGUUGUGGUGCAUCCAGGAAGACCCGGCUUUGAGGCCAACCAUGAAGAAAAUCACUCAGAUGUUGGAAGGAGCUGUUGAGGUCUCUGUCCCUCCAGAUCCAACCUCUUUUCUCAGUUCAAUAUGAUUUUGGUAAGUAAGACAACUGGUGUCUGUCUAAUCAUGAGAAGUAUUUUGUAUUGUCUGUUGGUGUUAUUACGCCAGAAUAAACUGCUUCAUAAUGUUCUUUGCAUGGAUCCCGCUUAAAUAAGCUAAAU